AUGAGCACCACCAUAUCAAGUCCUAAAACAACAUUAACUAGGGAAGAUUCAAACUCAGACGCUAAUAAUUCCUUGGUUCCUCCUCGUCGAUCCAACAAACGAUCUCGACAAGAAAAUGGCGUGUCAAGAUCAAACUUCAAAGGUGUUGUGGCCCAAGCGAAUGGUAAUUGGGGUGCUCAAAUUUAUGCAAAUCACCAAAGGGUUUGGCUCGGGACAUUCAAAUCUGAAAAUGAAGCAGCAUCGGCUUACGAUAGUGCUGCCAUUAGGCUUCGAUGGGGCGAUGCCCAAAAGAACUUUUCGUGGACAAACGACACGCGACAAGAACCUCUCUUCCAAAGUCAUUACACAACCGAAGCAAUUCUCCAAAUGAUCAAGGAUGGCUCUUAUUCGUUGAAGUUUGCCGAUUUCUUGACUAGCAAUAAAUCCCCAAAAGAGAUAAAAUCAACAAGCCACAAUGGGCUUAUAAAUGUUAACAAUAGGUACGUGUUUCAAAUGUUAUUUCAAAAGGAGUUGACUCCAAGUGAUGUUGGCAAGCUAAAUCGGCUAGUGAUACCUAAAAAAUAUGCAUCAAGAUACUUUUCUAAUGUUUUUGAGGAAGAGAACAAUGAGAAUAAUGAAGUUGACGACACUAUACUUACAUUUUUAGACACGUCAAUGAGGACGUGGAGGUUUCGAUAUUGUUAUUGGAAGAGAAGUCAAAGUUGCGUUCUCACUCGAGGAUGGAAUAGGUUUGUGAAAGAGAAUAAGCUUAGCGAGAAAGACAUGGUUAUGUUCUAUAAGUGCGAGUGCUCGGAUGGACACAAUAAGGGUAACACGUUUUUCAUGAUAAGAGUCACUUAUAGCUCUUCGAUGACUAACAAUAAUGAAUCUGGUAUAGUAGAUAACUCUAUACUUGAACUAGCAUAUUCAGGUAAUGAACCAAGCAAUAUUGUUGAUAAUAUUGAUGGGGAGACGAAGAAAAAGAACGAGACAAGUAAUAAAGUUUUAGAAGGAAAAGAGUUGAAGACGAAUGAAACAAGUUUUCGACUUUUUGGGGUGAAUAUAUCGGAAACUAAGUACUAA